AUGCCACCGAAAGCCUGUAGGCUGGUCGCCAUUCCCUUGCCUCCUCCGUUCCUCCUCCCUCGGUCGCUGAUCCGAAAACCAAUCAACACGGCUCAGAAAAGGUGCAUGGGCAUCCGAUCAAUAGACAGAAAGCCAAAGCCAAAUCCGUACAACGUCGUCCCAGGUAUUGAGCCUCUACAUGCUACCGCAGCUGCGGCCUUUCAGCGGAAACUCAUAGCGGACGCGCUCCCCUUACGAACAGGAGCACUUGCGAUCAAGAAGGGCAUGACCGCGGUCUACGAUGUCGAAUCCGGAACGAGGAUAGCCUGCACAGUACUACAGCUGGAUCGGAAUCAAGUCGUCAGUCACAAAACACGAAAGAGGCACGGCUACUUUGCCGUCUGUGUCGGCAGCGGCACGAUAAACCCGAAGAAUGUCACAAAACCCAUGCUGGGGCAUUACUCCGUUCAAGGAGUAAGUCCGAAGAGACAUCAACAGGAAUUUCGUGUUCGUGGAGCAGAGGGUCUACUGCCUGUGGGCGAAGAGAUCCGGGCAGACUGGUUCGCUGUUGGCCAGUACGUGGACACGCGGUCGCAUUGCAAAGGCAAAGGCUUUGCAGGUCCAAUGAAGAGAUGGGGGUUUGGCGGUCAACCACGAAGUCACGGUCAUUCGCUCAGUCACAGAUCGCACGGUUCAGUCGGUCCCAGUCAAGGCGGUGGUAGUCGUGUGUAUCCGGGCAAGAAAAUGGCCGGAAAUAUGGGUGGCCAGAGAAAUACAGUACAGAGCCUGAGAGUCUUGCAAUCAGAUGGGGAGAACGGCAUUGUGGUGGUCCAUGGCGCCGUCAGUGGCCCGAAAGGAUGUUUGGUCAUGCUCCAAGACGCUCUGAAAAAGCCUUGGGUUGAGCCUCCCCCCCUCCCGAGCUCGCGGGUACCGGAAGCCAAAGUGGCGGAAAAGAUUCCGGCAUGA